UUUAGAGUUGAUGCAUGUUGAUUUAGUCAGUUUUAGGGUUCUAUCGUGGGGUUUAAAUCGAUUUAAGGUUUCGAAUCGAGUUGGGGAUUUUUUUCGAUUUAGGGUUUUCGUCUGGGUUUGAUACUUUCUGCAAUUGUGAAACGUGUACGAUGUGUUUUGUGUUGCAGAGGCGAGCAAGAGGAUUAAAAGCAAUGGGAAUGUUGAGUUCGAGGACACUGUUCUCCAUCUUCUCGUUAAUCUUGCGGACGAUCUUAAGUCUCUGUUUAUGAACAAGCCUUUCACUUUAGAAAAUGGCUAUUUUCAGCUUCUUCUCGAUUGUACUAGAUUUUGUGUUCUGGGCUCUGAUUGGGUUUGUGUGGAAUUUGUUAGGCAAACGAGAUAACAACACCAUCUAAAGAAGAAGGAGAGACGAGGAUGGUGCCAUUAAUGGAGGAGAAGUUUAUGGUGAUGAAUGAGACAAGAAGGAAGCUUGGGAGUUUCCAGAUUAACUGCAAUAACUGCAAUAUCCCAAAUUAUGUGAACUCGUGUAGUUUAUGUGAACUCGUGUAACGAGAAACUUGCCUUCACCUUGUUGCUUUGCAAUUAACUGCAAUAUUGCUCAAUUGUGGGAACACCAAACUACAUGUGCCCUGAACUUCUUGCAGAUAUACCUUACGGCUACAAAUCUGAUAUUUGGUCUUUAGGUUGUUGUAUGUUUGAAGUAGCUGCACAUCAACCUGCCUUCAAGGCUCCUGACAUGGCUGGACUCAUCAACAAGAUUAACCGCUCUUCACUUUCUCCUCUCCCUGUCAUGUAUUCCUCUUCAAUAAAGAGACUGAUUAAAAGUAUGUUGCACAAAAUCCCUGAACAUAGACCAACAUAGACCAACAAGGACACAAGCUCAAUGUUUCGUGGCCCGUAACUCCUAGCAUUCAUCGUUACGAAGAAGCACCAUGCCGGUACCUUGGCCAUCUAAUUGGACAUGAAGGCGAAGGAAGUUUGUUUCAUGCCUUGAAAACUUUGGGUAUACUUUCUUUGUGACACAUUCUAAUUGGUUUUACAGUAGAUUCUUCAUAGGAGGGACAAUGGAUUCAGAAGUAGUUUUAUUGUUUAUGUUAUUGAUGACUA